AUGUGGCUAAACCUUUCGUCCUGGGACAACCCUUUUGCAGAGCACCCAGAGUACCAUUGGCCCACGUUGAAGGACUGCUAUCAGGAUGGGAGGGGCCGAGCUCUGGGUGAACAAGACUGUACAGUCUUCCCUCUAAUCGCUGCCUCUCACAUCUGCAGGAUAGCUCAGGAGCAGUGUUGUUCGGCUGUAGUAGGGGACAAAUUGUGUACCAGCGGCAUCAACCGGGCCAAAGAACAGGGGGCCUGUGUGGUGCCUUUUACCCAUGGGGGCCCCUGUGAAACAAAGACUACCAAGAUGUGUUGUGACUGCUGUCUGCUGGGCCUGAUGUCUGCCUGCAUGGGUAAUGGCUGUGAGCUGGCCCUAGACCUGGGAAAGCAGUGUCAGGAGACAGCCCACGUCUGCUGUGGUGGGGUACGACCAGAGCACAACAAGCCUGCUGCUGGGGCUCAAGGAUCCACCAAGUGUUCACAUCUGUGUGUGGGCAAAGGCACGUGCGCUUGCUUCGAUGGCUACAGACUCAAACCAAACCAACACAACUGUGAGGAGGGCUUCUGUUCAGAUAUGAAUGAGUGUGUGGCCGGAUCCCACAGCUGUGCAGUGACAGAGAGCUGCUUCAACGUAAAGGGAGGGUUCAGAUGCCUGUCCUUCGAGUGUCCACCCAACUUCCGUUGGGCAGCAGAGGGGUGAGGACUAGAACUGAACUGAGAACAGUGUUUACUUUCCUUUACUGUCUGGCCUGCUGUGUCUGUGUGAAAUGAGUCAUUUCUGUUUUACACACUCUUACUCUGAUCAAUUAUCAUUGCUCUUUCAUAAC